UACGUAUGUAAAUGGAUCCAUGCCAUGUGCAUAUAUGAAACAUCCGGAAAAUGAUGACCAGAUCUGUGCGGAGACCGUGUUCACAGCAACGAGAUGGAACGUACUACAGUGCGCAAAGUUGUGCGUAACAAACACACAAUGCUGCUCGUUUUUCUAUUCAGAAAUACCAGGAGUUUGCACAGGAUGUCCAUUAAAGUACACCAUACUCAAUCAGACUGGAAAUACCUGCUACAGUCCGGUCAGAGGAAAGAACGGAGAAAUGUGUGGUUUGUACGAGUUCAAUGGACACUACUACCAGUUCAUCACCGAUCCCCGGAGUGCAAAAGAUGCAUCCAUUCAGUGUUCACAUUUAGGAGGUCAUCUUGUUUACGUUGAGACUGAAUUGGAGAACAGUUUUCUUGAGGGUGUUAGUGCUACACUUUCAGGACUAUCAGACAAGAAAUUUUGGAUUGGUCUUUCGUUUGAUCCUACGAUAGGUGAUGGCGGGUGGAAAUGGGGAAAUGGUUUAAAGACUGAGGACAGCUAUGAGGGAUUUAAAAGCAUGCAACCAAGUGGAAAUGGAAAAUGUGUUGUGAUGGGAUACCGCAGGGGAUUCUGGGACGACCAGCCAUGUUUUUAUUUGAACAAAUUCAUCUGUGAAAUAGAAUAGAUCUACAUUAUCUACUUCUAUCUUCAUAGUCUAGAUGUCGUAAAUUCAAUCUGUCUCUAAUAAGAUUGUGCUGAAUAAACCAAAUCUAUAAACAA